AUGACAUCGCCAGCGAUUGAGCAAGAGAAUGCUACUGCCGUGGAGGAAAUCAACACGUCGGUUGUGACGGCGCCGGCCAACGAGAAGAAGCCUGCAGCGAAGGGGCGAAAAUCGAAGAAAGUCAAGGAAGUGAAGGAGAAGAAGAAGCCUGUUGCUGCGGCGGCUCCGAGGAAGAAAACCGUCUCUACCCAUCCUACCUACGAAGAGAUGAUCAAGGAUGCUAUCGUAACGUUGAAGGAGAGGACUGGAUCUAGCCAGUACGCGAUUCAGAAGUUCAUCGAGGAGAAGCACAAGGAGCUCUCUCCUACAUUCAGGAAGCUGUUGCUUCUCAAUCUGAAGAGACUCGUUGCCUCUGAGAAGCUUGUGAAGGUCAAAGCCUCGUUUAAGAUUCCGUCGGCCAAGUCAUCAUCUCCCAAGGCGGCGGCGGCAACAGCUGCUCCGGCGAAGAAGAAACCCACCACCGCGGCGGUUUCCAAGCCAAAGGGGAAGGUGACCGCAGCUUCCAAAGCAAAGGCGCUGACUAAGAAAUCAGCGGCUGCUAAACCGAAGACGGCGGCUAAGGCGAAAUUGACUGCGAAGCCUAAGGCCACUGUUGCGCCCAAGAGGAAAGCUGUUGCUGCGAAGCCCAAGGCUGCGGGGAGACCAGCCAAGGCAGCUAAAACGUCCAAGGUCACAUCUCCUGGUAAAAAGGCUGUUGCUGCGAAGAAGAAAGUUGCUGCUGUGGUGACGAAGAAGAAGACUCCAGUCAAGAGGGCUGUGAAGCCAAAGUCGGUCAAGUCUCCAGUCAAGAGGGCUUCCUCAAGGGUCAGGAAGUGA